GAGCGCACAUGAGUUGUCAAACAGGUUCGUCCGGAGCCGCUGCGACUCAUUUCAAACACCAGCGCACACAUUCUGCUCUGAAGGGACCGCGCAGCCACUUCUCUGGGCGACCGAGAAGCUAAAGAGAGGCCCGGCAGGUCAGCAGGGACCGUGACGGAGAGUCUUCUGUAGAAAAGGCGCCACAGGAAGUCCAAAUGUCUGGGAAGUAGCGCUCCUCUGAGAUGCUGAGUUUACAUCUCCAUUUCUGCAGAACCGGGAGAUCUUUUUCCGGGUGGCCAAAGAAAAAGCUGCGAACGGCUGUGCACAAGGACAGCUGCAACGACUAGUUUUACAAAAUGCCUUUGGAGACUCUCCCACACCCAGUGAGACAACCGGCAAGGACUGCUGCGACACCCCCACGUCUGCGGCCCAAAGGGCCAGUGGGGCCGGACUUCUACCGGCAGUUCAAGGCAGUGGCAGGCAGACCAACGCAGAGCGCGGUGGAGAGGCUGGAAGCAGACAAGGCUAAAUACGUCAAGAGUCGGGCGGCUCUGUCUAAACAGCAGCCGGUCCGGCCCCCUGAGGUGGGCGCCCCUCAGCAGAGCCCCGCCUCCGCUCUGCGGCCCACCAGGAAGACGACCACCCAGACGAAAACGAAGCCGGAAGAAGUUCAGCUCGACUUGGAGCAUCUGAGUAACCUGAUCAACGGCGUGACCGAUGGUGCCGCCGCCGACUCGGAGGACGCUAAAGCUCCGGUCGCUGCCGCCGUGUCACACGGCUCCCCUCGCACACCGGCAGUGGGGGCGCCACAGAAGAAGGAAAGGCCGUGUCCACCCCCUCGUCCGGACUGGUCCAGUCCAGCUAAGGUGAGGUUAAAAACCUCGGGGCCCGCCCGGGUGGAGAGUCCCGGCUCUUCUGGGUUUCCAGCUGCAGGGGCCGUACGAAGAGUGGACGUCAAGCCUCAGGCCGGCCCCGCGAGGACGCCCUGCAGACCCCCUCAGUACAUCCGGCAGCCCCUCCAGCCCAUUCCUUUACACUCAAAGUUGCCACUCCGCCCGGCUACGUCACACCUGCGUCUCUUCCACACCAGGACGCCGCUACGCCCGUCCCCUCUGAAACCUGUUGUUGCUCCUUCUAAACCUGACGAGCCUCCCUCCUCUCCAGCUGAAACCCUCCCCCCCGCUCCGCCUCCCCCCAGCCUCCCGGUUUUCCCCCCUCUCUCCCCAGCGAUUACCCGUUUGUCCUCCUCCAGCUCCAGGAAACGUCCCUCUCUGUCCCGCUCCAAGUCCGACAUGAGUGACCGGUGCUCUCGAGCCGGGACGGGGCUGGAGCGCUUCUUCAACCUGUGUGGUUUGGACCCUGCAGACCUUCAGUUGACCGGAUCUAAUUCUGACAUUGUGUCCAUGGCCCGUUUCUGCAGCGCGAGCGCUCCAGGGUCCGAGUGCGCAGGCUCUGGUGAAGAAGAGGAUGAGGAGGAUGACAACGCUGCAGAGCGGGCUCCCUACGGUGUUUCUGUGAUUGAGAAGAAUGCAAGGGUAAUCAAAUGGCUGUACGGACUGCGUCAGGCCAAAGACAAUGCAAGUAAGAGCACAAAUUUAUAAGAUGGCGGUAGAUGUCUAUAAGAUUUAGAAAAUAGACAUUUUUAAAUCCUCGAAAUUGAGUGAUGGGGUCCCAUGAUGAAACUGAUGUGAUGGAUGCAAUUAGUCUGCCAAGUAUUUCAUUUCUCUUUUGUCCCCUUGGUUUGUUUUUUAAUUUUCAAAAUUUGAAAUGUUCUGACUUUCUUUUGUGGUUGGAAAAACUGAACUCUGAGAAAGUAAAAAAAUAAAUUUAAAAAAACCUG